AUGGCACAUCUUAAUGAACUACAGCGUAUUGCUACUGCUACAAAUGGAACACGAGCAUUCAACACAUCAGGAUUCAAUCAUACACUUGACUAUGUGACAAACUAUCUAUCGGCUAAUACAAAUUUAAAAAUUACAAAGAACAUGUUUUCUGUUAGCUAUUUUACUCUCGAAAGCAAUCCCGUUUUACUGUCAUCCCUCAAUGGCAAAAUUACGAAUCAUACGUACUCAAAAAACCGUUUUCUAGCUGAGUUUCUAGAGGUCACAUUUUCAUCGUCCGUCAAUUUUUCUAAUUUUAUUACACUUACCGCUAUUCCCAAUGCCAGUUGUUCUGAUGCUGAUUGGCUUGCAGCAAAGCCAUCGGCAACUCAUCGUAUAGCAUUGGUCAAGCGGGGUGAUUGUGCUGUCGCUGACAAAGGCAUACUUGCAGCAAAGUACAAUGUGGCCGGUCUUCUGUUUUACAAUGACGGCAAAACAUCUGAUCGAAUGUUACCUACAUUAGAGAGACUUGGAGAAAAUAAUAGUUUACCAGCAUUAUUUCUUUCUUUCGAUCUUGGCGAAAAGUUGGCUAAUGCAGCUCGUAACUCAUCGUUUACCAUUGCUGUUCGUUUCGUUAUCCCUGUUGCCAUUGAAAAUGUAAUUCCUGUCAAUAAUAUUUGUGCAGAUACUCCUACGGGUGACCCUACUCAGACAAUUUUGAUUGGAAGUCAUGCUGACAGUGUACCCACUGGACCAGACAUAAAUGACAAUGGAAGUGGUACUGCAGCUAAUCUUGCUUUUGCUGUGGUUCUUGCACGUCUCUUCCGAACAUCUACUUAUCCGAAAUAUAAGUAUCGUGUAUGGUUUUGUUGGCGGGGUGCAGAAGAAAUAGGUGCGCUUGGUUCAAAUUUUCAUGUCACACAGGCUCGAAAGUCGACUAUUCUUGGUGAACGUAUCACUGAUUAUCUGGUCAACCUUAAUUUCGACAUGCUUGGCUCACCAAAUUUUAAGUUCGGCAUUUAUGAUGGUCGAACAAUAAGAAAUAAUACUCCACCAUCGGCCAUUCCAGGUAGUGUGAGGAUUUCUGCAUUGUUUCGUGAUUGGUUUAUACGACAUGAACUGCCUUGGGACUUUGCUGACAUUGAUGGUCGUGGUGAUUAUAGUUCAUUUCUAGCAUCAGGUAUAGCUAUCGGUGGUCUCAUUUCUGGCGUUGACGACAUUAAAAGUCAAGAGCAACGUGAUCGUUACGAUCGAUUGCUUGGCCAGGGUCUUGGCGGCCUUGCUAAUGUCGUUCACGAUCCAUGUUAUCACAAAGUUUGUGACACUAUUCAAAAUAUUAACUUAUUUGGCUACGAGAAGAUGGUACAAGCCGCUGCAUUUGUUAUUGAGAGUUUGGCUCGGCUACCAGAUUUGAAAAGUUGGUUGUAUCCAAUAAAUGAAAUUUAG